AUGCGCUCAUUUCGCAGAAGCUCUUUGCUGGGCCGUCGGGGCGUCUGCUUCUGCUUCUGCUGCCGCUGCUGAAGAGCUGCUGAGACCAGACGAGUCACUGACCGUGCUCCCCUACUGGCAGUGGCAACUCCUGCACCGAUGGACAAAGUUCUCCAAGCCGCCUUUUGUGUAUCUGCUGCUUUGCUUUUGCUUGGGGAACCUAACUGGGCAGGAGCUACUGAGGAUGGAGAUUCCGUCAGCAAGGACAGCGACUCUAAGGGAGCCGGUGGGAAGGAGCUGCCUGCAAUGUAUGUCACAACCAUCUUGGAAGACCCCUACGUGAUGGCCAGAGGCACCGAGCUAGAGGGAUACUGCAUUGACCUGCUGGAGAAGCUUUCUCAAAUGCUGCAUUUCAAGUACAAGGUGGGCGUUGUGAAAGAUGGGAAGUACGGAACCUUGAGUCCCAAUGGAAACUGGACUGGGAUGAUCGGAGAGGUGGUGAGGAAGGAAGCAGACCUUGCCGUUGCCCCAUUAACCAUUACCUCAAUAAGAGAAGACGCUGUCGACUUCACUCAACCAUUCCUUCACACCGGCAUUGGCAUUUUGCUUGAAAAGGAAACGUCCCUCGAGGAGGCCUCCAUGUUCCACUUCCUGACCCCUUUCAGCAAGGAGAUGUGGGGCGGCAUCCUUGUGGCCUACCUGCUCUCCAGCCUCUGCUUGUUCCUUGCCGCCAGAAUGAGCCCCUGCGAAUGGGAUGGAAAUGAAGAGAACCGUUUCACGUUCCUGAACAGCCUGUGGUUUGGAGCAGGGUCGUUCACCUUGCAAGGCACAAUGCCCCAGCCCAGGUCUCUCUCCGUACGGAUAAUUUCUGCCAUCUGGUGGCUGUUUAGCAUUGUGCUGCUGACUGCAUACAUUGCCGGCUUCAGCUUCGUUUUGGAGUCAGGAUCCGAACAGCUCUCCAUCCAGAACUUUGAGGAUCUGGUGAAGCAGAGGCAGCUGGAAUUCGGCACCAUGGAGGGCUCGUCCACCCUCAUGUACUUCAAGAAUUCCAAGAACCCGAUCCAGCAGAUGGUCUACGAAUCCAUGAACAAGAAGAAGGACACAGUUUUUGCAAAGAAUUACCAGGCAGCAAUUCAGCGUGUACUGGAUUCAAAUUACGCUUUCAUCGGAGAGUCCAUCUCUCAAGAUCUCGCUGUUGCCAGACACUGCAACUUGGUCCGCUCUCCGGAAGUCCUAGGGGCCCGGGGUUUUGGCAUUGCUACACCAAAAGGAUCCUCCUGGACUAAUAAACUGUCGGUGGCUAUCCUGAAACUUGGAGAAUCUGGUGAACUUGAUUACCUCCGGAGCAAGUGGUGGGAAAGCAGUUGUUCCCAGGAAGGUCAUGACCAGUGGAGCCCCCUGAAACCGCAAGCUCUGGGAGGGAUCUUCCUCAUACUUGCACUGGGCCUUGUGUUGGGAAUGAUUGUCGCUGUGGUCGAGUUAUCCAAAAAAAGUCGGCGCACAGCUGAACAGGAGAAGAAAUCCUGCUGCCCUGUGUUCACAGAGGAGUUGAGCCAGCGAUUGCGGACGAGAGAAGUCAAGAAGCAAGAGAACGCAGGGAGAACAAAGCCGUGAGACGAUGCAGGCGAAGCACGAGGCCAAACUUUAAUGAACUUCCCCCUGCUUAGUUCUCUCCGACUGUGCAUUCUGUAGCAAGGCUCCCUUGAGCGUCUCAUAACAGUAGGGGAUGUCUGGGGAAACCUAGUGUAGCUUCCUUGGAAUAACAAAUCCUAGAACCCUAACCCUCUCUCGCUCUACGUAACAUUGCAGGCAACUGAAACGUUCAGGGGACUGCAAGUGCCUGGGUUCUGGACUCCAAUAAUUCUAGUGUUCAAGGGUGCAGGUUACUGAUUUCUGUAAAUUGCAAGCCUUAGCAAGAUGACCAGGGCCAGGAGUAGUCAUUUGGAAGCUUAGAAAAAGCUACAC